GGAAGAGGGGUCCAGCAGCGAAAUGGGCCGUAAAACGGCUCCUCCGUUUUGUUUUUAAAAUUGAAGGGAUGGGUUGUAGAGUAGAAUCAUGCUUCAGUUGUGUGUAUUAUAAAAACUAUAAUCCGUAGAUACGCUGACAGGACGUACAAGUGAGCCUCCGGAAGGGUCCCACAGGGUACUGCAGGGGAACGCGGCCUCCUGCCAGCCAUUUUAAAUGAGAAUGUCCCUAGCACAGAGAGUGCUGCUGACCUGGAUCUUCACCCUGGUCUUCCUCAUCAUGCUGGUGCUGAAGCUGGAUGAGAAGGUCCAGUGGAACUGGUUCCUCAUCUUCCUCCCCGUCUGGGUCUUCGAUGCCAUCCUCCUCCUCAUGCUCAUCGUCAAGAUGGCGGGCCGCUGCAAGCCGGGCUACGACCCGCGCAACGGCUCGCAGGACCUGAGGAAGAAGGCGUGGUACCUGGUGGCCAUGCUGCUGAAGCUGGCCUUCUGCCUCACGCUGUGUGCCCGGCUGCAGCACCUCACCGACAUGAAGCUGACGUUCGUCUGCAUCCCGCUCUGGGCCCUCCUCAUAGGCGCCAUGGCCGAGCUGGGCUACAACAUCUUCCCCGACAGAAGAGACUAACAGGUUUUCCGUUUCCGAGAGGAAGGGGGCGACCCCCGCCCCCCCCGGCCCUCUCGCCCAAGCAAGAACACGCAUCCUUCUCCCCGACGGGGGAAAGCCACCUGUGCCAACAGCACCGCCCGGCCGGCAGCCAGAGGGGGGGCUUAGCGGGGGGUUUCCAGCCGGGGGAGUCACGUGGACCGCCGGGAAUUCUGGGAAGGGCCGGUCGUCUCGCAGAGCUGCAGCUGUUUGGCAGGGAGCCGGGUUCAAAAGAAAGGGGGUGUUUCUGCAUCAGCGUUUCCUUCUGCAUCGUCUGUGCCGCGCCCACCGAGACCCUCUCGUUCCGCCUGGAGUUGUCCGUCAUUCUCUUAGGGAGGCUUGCCUUUGGGAGGGUCGCCUGCAUUCCGGACAGCGUCUCGGCCAUCACUACCCCUCAUCUUUACAGGACUCUGAA